UUGGAAUGUAAUUGAAGACGAGAUGCUACAACUUGGCUUUAAUCGGGAUAAAAUUACAAUUACCACGUUUUCCCGCUAUUUUAUCCCCUUGUUUGAAUUUGUGCCUUCACUGGUUUUCGGAAGCUUGCAAAUGAUAUGGAUUUUCGACAUCCGAUAUCCGAUUCAUUGCAUGUUUAGCGUUAUUUGCUGCUACGUUCCCCCAUUCUGUUACGCUAUUGAAGACUCGAAGGCACUUUUAAUGCUGAAAUGUCUUCAAGUCGGAUUUCUUCAGGUCCGCAAUCAUCUCGAAAAAAGUUUAAAUGUCGACCGACGCAAAUUACCGGUUAGAAAAUUACAUCUGUUUUUACUUAAACUUCGCCUGCAAGCAAAACAUUGUGGCGAUUACUUGGCGACCCAGCAACUCGUCACGAUCUUCACGACGAUGUACACCACGGCGGCGUCCUGCUUUUUGUUUGUGGCCGUUUUGAGUGAUAUCUCGGGUGGAACCAAGGAGGAGUUGCUCACCAUGGCGUUUGCCUCCACGUGGCCAGUUUUCGGGAUGAGUCGACUAUAUGUCAAGGUUUGGAUGGGGGUCAGGGUAACCAGGGAGGAACAAGAGAUUGCAUCCAUGCUUAAAUUGGAGGGACUAAAACUGGACGACGAAACAUUCGGGCCUGAAUAUAUAAAUGAGUUAAAAGAAAUUGACAGGUUGUUGACAAGCCAUCCGACCGAGGUUUCGUUCAAUGACUAUGUGAAACUAAAUAACGCCUUAAUUUUGGGGGUGCGUGGUAAUUAUACUGUAGUUAAAUGUCAAAAUUUUACAAAUUCAUGCAUGAUUUUUCUGAACUCUACCUUUUCAGGUGUUUCAACAAAUUUUUACUGUUUUUAUCAUACUUCUGCAGUUUCGAUAAUAAGGUUCCUUAGACGAUGGAGAUCAUUAGCUACAUAUUUACAUGCAUAAAAGCCAAUGAACAAUCAAACAGAAAAUUCAUGCGGACAGUCUUACUAUUUAUAAUCUUAUGUACAUAUGUACAUCUGUAAAUUAAUUUGGGUGCAAUGGCAGCCAGGAGAUUUUGUAAUUUCUAUUUUUAAAAUUCCAUGUCAAAUAUUUUCAUUUAGUUAUAUGUAUGCAUAUUUGUACAUAUUUGUAGUAUAUAUUCUACUUUGAUUAUUAAACUUAAUGAAGAUUGUCACCCUAAAACGAUAUAAACCAUGUAUAUAUUUCUGCUCGAACCUCUGAGGCAAUUCACACAGGCCUUCGUAACAUUGUAAAAUCAAUAAAUUCUGUAAACUUACAAACUUUUACUUGCAGAAUUUUACAAAUAUUUCAAAUGAAAAUUAGCUUAAGUUUCUGUAAACAUACUCAGAUCAAGGGCGUCUUUUUAUUUUGCAAAAGUUUCUAAAAUUAUUUUAUAAAACUUAUGUACGGGUUUUACAAAUUACUUACCAAUGCCUGUGUGAACUACCUCAAUGAUUAAGCUGGCAAAAUAAAUAUGUUGCAUUGCAAUUUAACUCAUUGCAAUUUUUAUAUUCAUGUUGCAUUUUACGUAUGAACAUGCUCAUGCAACAAAGCGGAUUCUGAAAUGAAAACAGACUGGGAAGACUGCUGGCAAACAGAUGCAAUAUUUCCGUUCUGGUGGGAUUUAUCUGGCGGUGUGCUUUCUUCCUCCUUCUCGACGUUGUCCUUGUCCGUUGUCAAGUCAAGUUUAUACGCAUUUUCACUUCCUUGUCCUUGUCCAGUAUUGCGUCAAUCCUCUCCAGAUCAACAAGCUUUUACCAAAUCUAAAUACCUCCAAAAAUCAAGAAAAUGUCACCGCGGCGAUCAGCACCAGUCCUUGCGCCAUGCCCCCCCAGGUCAAACAAGACAACGGCCGUUAAUUCUACCGCCCCCAUACAGGAAGCCAAUGUGCCUGACGAGGUCCCGGUGCCAAAGGUCACUGCCCCAAAGAUAAAGAAAACCAAGAAGGCAGCAGCACCAAAGAAAGUGCCAAAAGUUGCUCAGCGAAAGAUGACACGGGUGACGGCAGCGAGAAAAAAUGCAUAAAAUUAUGCGUAGAUUUUUUUAGAAAGUAAAUUGUACCUUCAAAUGUUUCCCGUAUCCAAAGUUAUUGGCAAAUUUGUAUAUCAAUAUUUUACUUGUCGGGUGGACUCCGACCACUCUUCGAGGCUUCUUGGUUACCAUGGUUGCACAACAGUUUAAGAUGAAAGAAUAAUUUUCUUCUAUCAAUUUUUUAUUUUGACUUUGCAAAUAAAUACAUUCUUACUUUUCUUGAAAUAAAUGCAUAAAUUUCUCUACAACA